AUGUCAAGAGUCAUAAAGGAGGUGGUGAACACCACAUGCCUGCAGCGGCAUAGGAUCUCCUAAGAGCAGUGGAAAGUGACUAUCUGGUCCUUCAUCGUCUCCAUCUGGUGCGUCCAGAGGUUUCUUAGAACAUUAAUUAUGAUGAUUUUGUCCACCACACUUUCCAAAAAGAGAUGCCUGUUAUUGAGCAACCUGUUUGUCAUUGGCGGUGCUGUGAUGAUGCUGUUGAGCAAAACGGCCAUGUCCUUUGAGAUGAUCAUGGUUCGACAUUUCCUCUACGGCGUUAAUGCAGGUGUUAGCCUCCAACCAAUGUGGUAAUGUAAUGUACCCUUUAAAGGCGGUGAGGAAUGGUGGUUUGUGUCUGUAGCCACCUUUGUGUCUAUAGGGAAGUUCUCAGGUCAGCUUCUAGGGAUCAGUGAGUUAUUGGGGACAGAGGACAGGUGGCAGUGGUUGCUGGGCUUCAGUGGUGCGACCGCCCUGCCCUAGCCUGCCACCCUGCCCCUCCUCCCAGAGUCACCCCGAUACCUGCUGCUGGACCGGGGCGACCACCAGGGCUGUGAGAAAGCCAUCCGCAGGCUGUGGGGCAGCAGAGACCACAGUGUGGAGGGAGAGAUGCUGGUGGAGCACGCCUCCCUGAUUGGGGUCCGCAGCCACACUGUGUUGGACCUGGACCAGGCCAUAAGCUGGCAACUCCUCACCAUCCUCGUCACCUUCAAUGCUAUGUGCCUUUACUAAUUUGAAGUGUUCCAUAUGGCAAGGAUCCCCACCCACCAGUUGCGCCAUGUUGCCUUGGGAACCGGUCUGUGUGAGAUUUCCGCCUGUGUGAGUCUUAUAUGCAUGUUCGCCAUUGAUAGCACAGGAAAAAGGCUGCUCCUCUACAGGGAUUACCUAUGCAUGGCAGUUACCCAUGGUCUUCGGUCACUCUACCUGCAGAUCCAAAUCUCCUGGAUCCCUUACUGCAGUAUAGUUCUCAUCUUCACCUUCUUCUUCUCCACUUCAACCAGUCGUUCAAGUCAGCAGCCUUCACUAUCGGCGCACCCUCAACAGUGGUGAGCA